UUUGUAUCUAUAAGACACUGGCAAACAGAUUUCAUCACUAACCCUCAUUGUAAGUUCUAUUUCCUUCCAUUUCCUCAAGCAUUAACUCAAGUUAAACCAUGAAGUUGAUAAAGGUAUUCUUAGUUCUAGCAGUGGCAAUGGCCUUAAUCAUCGGCAUCGCCACCGCAACAACGCCGAGCAAAGAAGAUGAAGAAGAAGAAGAAGUAGAUGAUGAUGCCAUGGAAGUGCCUGUAGAGGUGUUCGACCCUUUCAACCAUUCCUUGCCUGAAAGCGAACAACCAUCAUCUUCUACUUCUCUAAGGGGAAUUGGUCGAUUCCUGAGACAAACGAGUAGCCCCAGGCAGCAGAUGACUUGCAACAGAUACCCUAGAAUAUGCAGAGCAAAAGGUAGCCCAGGACCCGAUUGCUGCAAGAAGAAUUGUGUAAAUGUGUACACAGACCGAUUAAAUUGUGGGAUUUGUGGGAAGAAGUGCAAUUACAACGAGAUAUGUUGCAGAGGUAAAUGUGUCAACCCAUCAUUUGAUAAGAAGAACUGCGGGCUAUGCAACAAUAGGUGCAAGAAGGGGAGAUCAUGUGUAUUAGGGUUAUGCAACUAUGCUUAGA